AUGGGCAAAAAAGGCAUCUACCUCUACUACGAGACAGCUCCGACCGCACCGUCGCCAGAGCCGAUCGGCCACCACCUCUUGCACGCGACACCCGAGUCCAUCUCGUCGGCCAGUUCGAGUCGAAGCGGCGACCGCCGGCCGCCGCCCCCCGCCGCGCCACUCGGUGUGCGCACGGAUUUUUCAUCGCGCGGGCAGCCCUCGUUGCUCGUCUACGACGACCCGGUCCUCGAAGACACCAACGACGUCAAGCACCUCGCGACCGGCAACUUUGAUGCGCGCUCGAGCUCUGUCUUUGUCAACUCGAUCGCGGUAGUCGUCGGCACGGGUGUCGGCGUCGGACUUGGCUUCCUCCUCGCGACGCUUGACAUCGGGCGCGAAGCUCGGCAGUGGAUGGCACUGCCCGGGGACCUCUUUGUCCGCGCGCUUCGGUGUCUCAUUGUGCCACUGGUCUUUUGCUCGAUGACGGUCUCGAUCGCAGAAGUCGUUUUGCUCAAUCGCACGUCGGUCUUGACGCUUCGGACCGCGCUCGUCUUCUUUCUCACGUCGUCGCUCGCGGUUGUCCAGGGCAUGGUUGUGGCACUGGUGUUUCGAGCCAUGUACAUUGCACCCGACAUCACUGCGUCGACGGCGGCGUCGAGCAGCGCCGCAAUCAUUGGGCUUAAGUGCGCGAACGGGCUCUUCCUCGGAGCCGCCGAGAACGGGUCGAUUGCGUGCAUUCAGCCCAAUGUGACGCUCGCAUCCUUGUACGAGAUCAACGACAUCAACAACGUGCUUAACCUCCAAGGCAAGUUUCAGCAACUGUCGCUCACGGACCAAGUGAUUGCGAUCAUUUACAAUAUGGUGUCAGACAACAUUUUCCAUUCGCUCGCCAACGGGUCGCUCUUGAGCAUCAUCGUGUUUGCUCUGCCCCUCGGCUUUGCAGUCGCCAAGUCGCACAGUGGCGAUGCCAGUUCGAAUGGUCUCCUCAACCUUCUCCGGCAGAGCCGGAACGCACUUCUCUCGCUCAUCAACAAUGUGCUCGCUCUGACCCCGAUCGCGGUCUGCUUCCUCGUGAGCUCGUCCGUUUUGACGUACAACGCGAACGCAUCGAAUUUUGUGUCCCAAGCCGGCUACCUCGUGCUUGCCUUUGUGAGCGGUGUCGUGUGCCACGUCUUCUUGGCUCUACCGCUUCUCCUCUUCCUCUUUACGCGCAUCAACCCGUACAACUACCUCCGGCAACUCUUUCCGGCCUAUGUGUUUGCGUUUGGGUGCUCGUCGUCCAUGGCGGCGCUCCCCGUGGCAAUGACAGUCGUGCACCAGACGCGCCAAGUCUCGCGCGGCUUUGGCCGACUCGUUCUGUGCCUCGGGACGCCCGUCAACACGAACGCGUCGGGCUUGUACUACCCACUCAUGACGACGUUCCUUGCGAUUUCGUCGGGCAGCUCGCUUGAGACGCCGCAGCUCGUCGUGCUCUUCUUCGUCUCGCUCCUGGGGUGCAUGGGCACUGCACCCGUGCCCAACGCGUCGCUGGUGAUGCUCGUGACGGUAUGGAAGACGGUGUUUCCCAACGCAACGCUGCCGACGGCGUUCGUGUCCAUUGUGGCCAUCGACGUCCUCUUGGAUCGUAUUUGCACCAUGGUCAACCUCAACGGCAACAUGGUGGCGACGCGGAUUCUGGCUGCACACUUGGACGACGCAACCAGCUGGUCUUCGGGCGACGAGCACCGGACCGAGGCCGUCGCCGACGAAGGAAUGUGA